CGUCACCGUCAUCGCUUCCUCUUAGAGGUUUGACCGCGCGAGUUCUGGACUCCACCUUUCCUCUUCCCCAAACGUUGUGUCUCUUCUCUCUUCAAUCUUCGGAUCCAAACGCCGGGCAUUGAGAACAAAGAUUGAGAUGCGCGCAUCAUUUUCUCAGUUGGGCAACGUCUUGCCCAUCCCUAAGCUUUUCCGGAAAUUGGAGCAAGAAAUGGAAACUGUAAUCAAAGUAUUACAACCUGGACCUUUGGGAAUCAUCGAGCACAAAUUCUCCGCCGACGAAAUUUGCGAGGCAAACGCCACGGUUCGUAGAGCCGUCGAGAAUUGGCGGAGGAAUGCAAUUGUAGAGCAAAGAAACAGCGUUUUGAAAGUUUAUUUUCACAGGUGAACAAUUAUUAUGCCGCCGUAUUGUUUUCAAUAGAUGAUUGAUGGAAGGAAUUUUUGUAAAUCAGUGAAAGUAAAAACUUUUCUCGGCGCUUCAUCAAAGUACUUGUAGAUUAGCUCUUUCAUUUCUUUCUUCUUAGAGCUGAUUGGUGUUGUUUUGGUAUGUAAACUUUGCUAUCAGUUCUGAAUAAAGUUUUGGACUUUCCUUUUAA